AUGAUGAACAAGAAGCAAAGCAUUACGCGCCAGAAGAUAGAGAUAAAACCGAUAAAGAAAGAUGAGGCGAGAAAAUUAUACUUCUCCAAACGCCGCAACAGGCUCUUAAAGAAAGCCAACGAGCUCUCGACUCUUUACGGUGCAGAGAUAUGUAUCAUUGUCUUCUUCCCAACCGGAAAUGCAUUCUCUUUUGUCCACCUGUCAGUUGACGUCGUCGCCCACCGCUUUCUCGCCGAUGCACUGGCAUUGCCCUUAUUAUGCAAGCCAUUUAUUGCCGCUGCAGCGAUUAAACUGAACGAGGAUUAUGCGCAGCUGAACGUUUUGCUCGAGAAGGAGAAUAUAAGGCAUGCUAAGCUUGAUGAGGCAUUGACAGCGCUACAACUUGGUGCCAAUAAGCCUUUUUAA